UACCGUAAUCUGUGGUAACAUAGUUCAUGUGGAUUGUGGAAACUAGAAAUUGGAAGUGGAAACUGGAAACAAAUUUAAAAGCUAGAAAAGCAGCAAAAAUUUUGUUUUGUUUUGUUACCAAAUUAAAGUGAUUACACAAUGGAUAGCUAGAAAACAGUUAAAACUCUUUGCAAUUUUUGUACGAUAUUAUCUUUUUUAAACAAAUGAAUGCUGGAAGAAACGUAAUACUUUUUGGUAUCAUUGGUAUUAUUAAAAAAAAUUCUAGUUUUGGUAAAAUACAAAUUAAACUUUAACUCAUUCUUUAAGAGUAUCCAUACCUACUAAAUUUUAAAACAACAACCAUAAAAAUGUAUUUAGGGGACGAAUUUCCAAACUUCACAGCAAAUACCACAGCAGGAAAGAUUGAUUUCCACGAUUGGAUAGGACAGUCAUGGGCUAUCCUGUUUUCUCAUCCUUCGGACUUUACACCUGUAUGCACAACAGAGCUGGCUCGUGUUGUCAAGCUAAUGCCAGAGUUUAAAAAGCGCAAUGUGAAAGUCAUUGGAAUAUCUUGUGAUUCUCUUACAUCACAUUUCUUGUGGUGCAGGGACAUCAGAAGUUAUGCAGGUUGCACACUAGAUGAAUCAUUUCCAUAUCCAAUUAUUGAAGACGAGGAUCGUAUAAUUGCCAAAACAUUGAACAUGUUAGAUAAAGAUGAGAUGGAUUCUAAAGGAAUGCCCUUAAGUGCUAGAGCUGUAUUCAUCAUAGAUCCGCAAAAGAAAUACAGGCUGUCUAUUCUCUAUCCUGCUACCACUGGAAGAAAUUUUGAUGAAAUUCUUCGCGUGAUAGACUCGCUGCAGCUGACUGACAAGCAUCGAGUAGCCACCCCUGUUGACUGGAAGAUGGGGGAUGAUUGCAUGGUGCUUCCAGCGGUGUCAGACGAAGAACUGAAGAAAUCCUUCCCCCAAGUAAAAGUUGUGCAAGUUCCAUCCGGAAAACAAUAUCUACGCAAGACGCCUUGUCCAAAAAUGUAACUUUUUUUUUUCAAUUUAUUUUUAAUUGAACUUUAAGGUUUCUGUAAAUCAAUGAAAAUGAUAAUAAUAAGCAAAUUUAUUUUAGUAAUAAAAAUAAUUGUAAUAUACAAUAUUUUUUCAUUUCAUUAUGGUGUAAAAGUGUUAUUAUAACAUUCAAAAUUAAUAUGUAUCCUAAGAGUAUGUUUUAGUUAUAAAUGAGUUUGUUCGCUUUACAAUAAGUUUCACGAAAAGUUCUCGAAUUUGAUCUUUCUCGAAAGUCAUCCAUUCAGACUAUAAAAACUUAACUGCUCAAUCAAAACAUCUCAAUAUGAGGAAUCUUAUCAAUUGCAUUAUUUAUUUUUAGGCAUAAAUUAAGAAAUAACUUUGAUAUAAUAAAAUUCAUUUAUCUCAAGUGCAACAGAUAAAUAAUUUUUAUUUACCCGACAUUUACUAGUCGGGCAAUGAGAUGCAAAAUUAUUAGUUUAAGUGAUUGUGCGAUCAGAGUAAAAAUAGAUAUUUAAAUAUUUAAUAACGGCGUAAAAACCUACUCCAAAACAAUUGUAACUUGGUGUACACUGAAAUCAAAAGAUUUUUAAACAAUAAAGUUAUUAGCACAGUC